CUUGAGCGGCGGUAGCGGCGGCGGCGGUGGUGGUAGCGGCAGCAGCUGUGAGGGGGUUCCGGGAAGAUGGUGCUGAUUAAGGAAUUCCGUGUGGUUUUGCCCUGUUCUGUUCAGGAGUAUCAGGUUGGGCAGCUUUACUCUGUUGCAGAAGCUAGUAAGAAUGAGACUGGUGGUGGAGAAGGAAUUGAAGUCUUAAAGAAUGAACCUUACGAAAAGGAUGGAGAAAAGGGACAGUAUACACACAAAAUUUAUCACCUAAAGAGCAAAGUUCCUGCAUUUGUGAGGAUGAUUGCUCCCGAGGGCUCCUUGGUAUUUCACGAGAAAGCCUGGAACGCAUAUCCCUACUGUAGAACAAUUGUAACGAAUGAAUAUAUGAAAGAUGAUUUCUUCAUUAAAAUUGAAACGUGGCACAAACCAGACUUGGGAACUUUAGAAAAUGUACAUGGUUUAGAUCCAAAUACAUGGAAAACUGUUGAAAUUGUCCACAUAGAUAUUGCAGAUCGAAGUCAAGUUGAACCAGCAGACUACAAACCUGAUGAAGACCCAGCAUCAUUCCAGUCAGUCAAGACCAAGAGAGGUCCUUUGGGACCCAACUGGAAGAAGGAGCUGGCAAACAACCCUGACUGUCCUCAGAUGUGUGCCUAUAAGCUGGUGACCAUCAAAUUCAAGUGGUGGGGACUGCAAAGCAAAGUAGAAAAUUUCAUUCAGAAGCAAGAAAAAAGGAUAUUUACAAACUUUCAUCGCCAGCUUUUUUGUUGGAUUGACAAGUGGAUUGAUCUGACAAUGGAAGAUAUUAGGCGAAUGGAAGAUGAAACUCAGAAAGAACUAGAAACAAUGCGUAAGAAGGGUUCCGUCCGAGGCACGUCGGCUGCUGAUGUCUAGAUGAGUCCCCUGUAGGGUCAGAGACAAUAUCAAACUGUUUACGUAAUCAAGGCCAAGUGAGGGGAACAAGUGCAGCCAGUGAUGAGUGAAGAAGAAUCUGACCAGGAUCUCGCAGUGCUGGCAUUUCCCAGACAUGUGCUUGUGAUUAUGUACUCACGUGCACAGGUUCCCAACCGCGUGUGUAUAUAUGUAUGUGUGCGUAUAUCUGUAGCUGUAUAUAAAACGCAUGUAGAGCUACAGAUCAAAAUACAUACACUUGUGUAUAUAUGUACAUAUAAACAUACUGAAGGGAUUAAUACAAUUUCUCCAAAGUACUGUACCUAUCUUCAGUAAGAAUGCAAAAGAAAAUAUUUUCAAUAUAUAUAGUUGGAACAGAUUUUAAUAAUCAGAGUAAUACCAUUCAUUAAUGGACAAAUUGACUGCAAUGUAAAACUAGUUAGUAUGUUUCAUAAAUGUCAAAAUUGUGGACCAAUACACACACACACACACACACACACACACACACACUAGCCUUUUAUUACUUUUCUGUUCUUUUAAAUCAAUCUCUUACAAAUUUUUAUUUUAGUCUCAUAAGCAAAGACUCCCACAGAAAAAUUUAUUCAAAAUCUUUUGGUAUUCCAGUGAAUCUGGAAUGUAAACUCUUGAGUGUGUGUAUAAUGAUUUAUUUCUGUAUGGUUGUUAUUUUACAGCCAACUAGGACAAUAUCCAUUAGUAAGAAGUAAAGUUAUAGGCCAGUUUUUACUUGUUUGCCCUGAGGGACAAAAUCCUUUUUAAAAAAAAAAAAUCUGGUUUUUAUUGGAUUUUUGUAUUUUAAAUUUCAAGUAUUUUUCUACAUCAGACGUAGCAAAAAAAUGGAGAUGAUGAUUUUGUGAUGUAUAAUAAAUAUUAUACAAUUUUCGGCCUCCUGUUAGGCAAACAAAUUGAUGAAGAAAUUAAUAGCAUUGUAAGCUGUUCAGAAAAAUUAGAAGCACAGUGCACCACAGCGUCUUGUUCCGGAAGAGACUGUCUUCUGAAAUUACAACUUGGAAGCUAUGCAAAUGAUCUGGAUUCCUCACAGCUUACACGAUAGACUAUAGAUAGUGAUGGUGUAUUGCUCUUUUCAUGUUAAAACAGUUUUAAGGGGGAGAUGCUGACUUUUAAAUAGGAAAAACUUAAGAGGCAGCAUGAGGUUUGCCUGCGCAUGGUUCGGAGGCCCGGAUAAGGGGCCAGUGCACCUCCACCCAUUCGGCUGCGCUCUGAAGUAGGAUGUCAUUAGAACAUGCCCCGAGUGAAUAAGCAUCAUGAGAACAUGCUGGUUAGAGGUUAGAAGCUGCCGCCGCCUUUUUUGUUGGAAAGAAAGGACCGAUAGCUAGGUAAGAAUUUGAUCGACUUUCUCUGUCCAAAUCCAGUUUUUCUCCCAUCAGUCCUGGAAGCUUGAAUAGAAUGAUAUUGUUGAAGCCUUCAGGUUACAAACUAUCUUCUUUAACCUCUUGUCCCUCCUACAACUCACCAGCCCCUGUAGUCACAUCACAUUAGUAAUCUGAUUUGCAACAGUCCUGUGCCCCCCUCCCCCACUUCUCUUUUUUCCCCACGUGUCCUCUGUUCCCACCGAAGUGAUCGUAGUGACUCAGACAAGGGUGUCUUCUGCACUGCGAUACCCUAUAAUCUUCAGCUCCAAACCCCACGUUGCUUAUGUCCUCUGUGUACUCAGGAUCAAGACUGAUGUUUACUCUCUGAGCAAGCACUGUUGUGAGAUAGGUUCUGUCAGCACAUAAUCAUUGUCUGCAAAGUGUUUGAUGCGAGGAAGAUUAUUGCUAAUUUUGUGAAAUAAAGACUCUCGUCCUCUCCUCUUAAUGAACUUAACUCUCACUGGCAUCUGCAGCAUCUUUGGGAGCCUGGGCGCACAUGGCAACGAGAGCCCAGCGCAUGGAUUUUAAUGUUUCUCUAACAACUGUGGAGAUUUGAGGGAAUACGUGGUGAAUGUAAAAUACCUAGUUUACUUGGCAGUCUCUUGUGUAAAUUACAGUAAAACAAAGUAAAUGAAAUUUAAACAAAAAAUAAAUUUGAUCACAAAAUGCCACUUGUGUGCUUGAGUGGUGGUUUCCCUGAUGCCACGUCUGCCUCAGAGCACUGCGGUCCGCCUCUCUAUUUUUUCAAGAAUUCUCUAAUUUUCAGCACUACCACUCUGGGAAAAAUAAAGA